AUGCCUAAACGCUCACUUCGCAGCCCCUCUCCUUUUGCAUCAAAGAAACCCCGUUCCGACGUAGAGAUCGUCCAUCGCAAAAUCGCGACAGCAGACGCAGCCGCAAAGGUCGAUGCGCAUAGACCUCUGCCCCAGCUUCUAAACGCCCUAAGUAAUGUCGUCAAGUCUCCUAAGAAAGGCGAGGCAGUUGUGUAUUGGAUGAGGAUGGAAGAUAUGAGAAUCGUCGAUAAUCGUGCGCUCGCGCAAGCCUCUUCGGCAGCUAAGGAGGAUAACAUACCUCUCCUUGCCCUCUUUAUUCUUAGUCCACAGGACUACGCCGCUCACGACAGGAGUCCACGCAGGGUAGAUUUUACCUUAAGGAAUCUCUCUAUUCUGCAGUCUUCCCUUGCGGGCCUGCACAUUCCAUUGCACACCGUGACCCACACUCCCCGCCGAAUGCUACCAUCUCGCGUUCUAUCUCUCCUGAAAUCGUGGAAUGUCACUCGUCUGUUCGCAAACAUCGAGUAUGAAGUCGAUGAGCUGCGUCGCGACAUCAAUGUUUGUGAGCUCGCGAAAGAGCAGGGUGUCCGUCCGACCUUUGUCCACGACAAACUUGUCGUAGAACCAGACACCCUUCAGACAAAGACCGGCAAGCCGUUCACUGUUUACUCGCCGUUCCAGCGCCAAUGGCUGCCUACCCUCAACGGCGACCUGCCACGAUUUUUGGGUGAAGCCCCGGCCCCGAGCCCCAACUCUAAGGAUAUCCACGAGCAUCCUAAAUUCGCAGACCUGUUUAAUACCCCUAUUCCUCCAUCAGUUGAAGGGUUUGAGUGCGCCGAUCGAGACAAGAUGUCAGAAGUCUGGCCCGCGGGCCAUGAUGCUGCUAAACAAGUGAGCAUCGCCUACUAUCUGUAUGCAUACACACUGACCCGUGCUCGCCGAAAAAGCAGAGCGCUUGUGUACAAGGCGGAGAGGGACAGGGCAGACAGGAAUACAACGAGCCGGUUGAGCCCGUACCUUUCCGCGGGCGUGAUAUCCGCACGAGAGCUCAUCUGGGCGAGCAUGACUCUCCUAGGCAUCAAAACUGUGCGCGCUGAUAGAGAGUCGGAUGUCGGGAUGUGGGUACAGGAGAUUGCCUGGCGCGACUUUUACACGCACGUUAUGGUCGCAUUUCCGCGGGUGUCCAUGGGCCGGCCCUUCCAAGAGAAAUACGCGGAUGUCAAGUGGGAGACGAACGAGGAACAUCUCAGGGCAUGGCAGGAAGGCCGCACUGGCGUGCCAAUUGUCGACGCCGCCUUGCGGCAGGCGAACACUAUGGGGUGGAUGCACAACCGCCCACGCAUGAUCGCGGCCAUGUUCCUCACCAAGGACCUUAUGAUUGAUUGGCGACUCGGCGAACGCCAUUUCAUGCAACAAUUUAUUGAUGGCGACCUUGCGUCCAACAAUGGCGGGUGGCAGUGGAGCGCUAGCACAGGCACUGACCCGCAGCCAUAUUUCCGCAUUUUCAAUCCGUACCUGCAAAGCGAGAAGACAGACCCGUCAGGCGAGUACAUCCGCGCGUUCGUGCCGGAGCUGCGGGACGUGAGGGGGAAGGAUGUGCAUCAGCCGUCAGCGAAAUUGGCGGAUAAGUUGGGGUAUCCGAGGCCGAUUGUAGAUCAUCAUGAAAGUCGAGAGAGGGCGCUCAGAAGGUAUAAGAACCCCGGGGAAGAGUAGAAACGUGGUUCUUGCUCUUGAUUUGGCAUGUCACACUAUAUUAUUUUAUGUACCAUCGCGUCCAGCCUUACGUUGAAGGAUAUGCAUAUGCAAUGUCCUCAAAUUACCUUAAUAUCUCGCAU